AUGGCCACAGAAGCUGUGAAUAACGCUCCCGAAAGCGCUACGGAGGAGAAGGCAUCGAAGGAAGAAGCGCCGGUGGAAAAUCAGACAAAAGAGGAAGCGGCUUCGGCGGAGAAAGCAGACGAAAAAGUGGCCGAGGAAAAGAAAUCUGAGCCGGCUCAGCCAAAACUGAAUGUUCACAAGGCCAACUUCCAGCGAGAUGUCGUCUAUCUCUACCAGUUCUCCAGGACGCCAUUGCUGCCGUCGACUUCACCCUACUGCUUGAAAGUCGAAACGUGGCUUCGUUUAGCCGGCAUCAAAUACGAGAACGUCGACCACAAAGCGAAGUUUAGGUCCAAGAAGGGGCAGCUUCCUUUCAUCGAGUUGAACGGGGAGGAGAUCGCCGACAGCACUUUCAUCAUCAAGCAGUUGACUGAAAAGUUCAAUAAGGAUCUUGAUGCAGCGCUGACCCCCGAACGACGUGUGGUCACGCACGCUAUGGUGUCCAUGAUCGAGAACCAUCUCUCAUGGGUGAUGCUCUGGUGGCGCGCCAAGUACCCCGACAGCGUGAUUAAGGGCUACCAGGUGAACCUUCAGAACGCGCUUAACACACGUCUUCCGAACGCUAUCCUCAACUUCUGCUACAAGCUCACGUCUGGUCGUAAGGGCAUGAAGAAGGCCAAGGCCCACGGGAUCGGGGUUCACAGCCAGGAAGAGAUCAUAGAGUUCGGCAAGAACGACCUCCGCGUGCUCUCAGACCUGCUGUCCGACAAGCCGUUCUUCUUCGGAGACGAGCCCACUCUGCUGGACGUAGUUGCCUUCGCGAACUUGGCCCAACUGCACUUCAUCGACAAGGAUGUGCCCCACCUGUUGCGCGAUGCUAUGAACGAUUCUUUCCCGAACCUGGUCGGUCUCGUCUCCCGUAUUAAAGAGCGAGCUUACCCGGACUGGGACGAGAUCUGCGCAAGCAGCGAGGCUGUCGCCCCCGCGUCCAAGAAAGACGCCAAGGAGACCAAGGAAGGCACCGGCCAGCCGGAGAAGCAACCCCUUGAAGAGCCCGACAAAGAAAAGGACGAGAAAGAGAAGGAGCUAGAAGAGAAAGAGCCUGAAGACAAAGAGACGGAAAAGGAGAAGUAA